CCAAGCCACUUUGCGCGAAGAAUCGCGACUGUCGCGUCGCGAUCGAGGGGCCUGUGCAUAGCUCCAACCUCUCCCAGCUUGAUCUAUGCUUUUGCCUCCGCUUGUCAUCUCUGCUGUUGGUUCUUCGUCGUCUUUCUCCUCUCUACAAAGGCCUAAUUGUUAUAUCACUGUCUGUGUAACGUCCUUGAGCCAUGUCUUCUCCUCUUCCUACCGGCGAAUGCCACUACAACCCGUUAUCAGAGAUGCCUUUUGCAUUGUCGUCAUCACCACCACCUGCACCAACUAUGGGCUCAAGAAAGAUGAAGAAACCGCCGCCCAUCACUCCAAAACGCUUCACCCGAUUCUUUACUCCUCGAAACACCAAGUCAGGGUCUUCAUCAACUCUCGGGAGAUCAGGACGCCAGCUCCAGGAAAUCACACAAUCCGCUAUAAACCGUCGGAAUGCCACUCGCCGGACAACACCUCGGAAGACGGUAAAUUUUGCAGAUGCAAUGGAGGAUACACAACCUCAAACUCCUGAAUCGAAUAGUCGAAAACGCAAAGGACCCUAUCUAUCCCCAGAAACCUCCCCAGCACAAUCGUCACCUUCCAAACGUUGCCGAUACGUUACUCCACCCCCUUUCACCAUUCUCCAGGAUGAGCAACCUAUUUUCGAUGAAGCUCCCGUAUUCCCUGCACCAAUUCGACGAUUAAAGAGCUUGGGAGGCACAUCACGGAUAUUGCAGCGAUCGUUUGGUGGUAUCUCGAGCGUAGGCCGAGGCUACGUCCAGGAUCAUUGUGCUUCUUGGCAAGAUCACACGGCCAACUUUUAUAGUGGCUCUGACGACUAUCACCAACUCUCUCAAGGUGCUCCACCAUUCUGUACCGCGAGCUGCAAUACAAAUUUCAUGGUUGCGGUAGGAGAUGAAGAUGGCUGGGUUCAUUUGCUUGACGCAGAGGAUACCGCUUCCUCGGAUUUUACCAAGUCUCACCUCUCAUUCCGGGCACAUUCUAACGCCAUCAUGGACAUCCAAUUUUCUUCCGACGAUAUGUACCUCGCCACAGGAUCGGGAGACCAAACUGCUCAGAUAUUGGAUGCGCGUACGCAACAGUGCGUGAGCGUACUCGCAAAACAUAAAUCGUCCGUGAAACAAGUUCGCUUCCAACCUGGAGAGGAUAAUAUCGUAGCCACUUCUAGUAGAGAUGGCGCGGUCCAUAUAUGGGAUCUCAGAUGUAGUGGUGGAACAAACGUGCACUCUGCGUGGGGUCCUGACGCCCCUUACGCCAGCUCUAUCCGGACUUUCACCUCAGCUCAUGCUGAUAGCGCUUAUGGGCACAUGAGCUCAAUGGCAUCCAUGAAAGGGUCAAGAGAGAUGUCAGGGAAGAGCGAGGCGGUCAAUCGUCGAUCUGAUAUCUCAGUCACAGCCCUGUCCUUCCUUCCAGAAGGCCGGAAGCAUUUGCUUUUGACUGCAUCAGAUGCAUCCACAAGUAUUAAACUGUGGGACAUUCGAGGCCGCUACUCAUUACGCGGUCCUGCUUUGCCUGUAUCAACAACUUCUCAGCCUAAAUCACACAACAAACACCGACACUAUGCUGUCAAUUCGCUCACACUAAACGGUGAUGCAACAAGACUGUAUGCACUCAGUAAAGAUAACACAGUCUAUGCAUAUUCAAUGAGCCAUCUCAUUCUUGGGGUCGCCCCUGAACUGUCCCUGCAAUCUUCCAGUCAAAGAUUUGGCGCCGUUGGUCAGGAAGGUCUUGGUCCCAUUUAUGGUUUCCGACACCGAAAUUUUCAUGCAGGAUCAUUCUACGUAAAGGCUUCUCUUCGCAAAGCUCAAGGCGACCGAUCCGAACUUCUGGCUGUGGGAAGCACAGAUGGCUGUCCCGUUUUGUUCCCCACCGAUGAAAGGCUGCUCAAGCGUGAUCCACAACAACAUGACGAAGAGGAAGAUGAACUUCCUCAACUCUCAUCUGUCAAUACCUCUCAGUUGCAUUCAUCACGCAGCGUUAGUACUAGCAGCCGAUUCCCAAGUCUUCUGGAAGACACUAUUCCUAUCUAUGAACAUGGCACGCCCCUCAUUCGUGGCCACAACGCUGAAGUCACGAGUGUUUCCUGGUUAAGAAACGGGGCUUUAGUCUCCGUUGGCGAUGAUUGUACAGUGCGGAGGUGGAAAGAAGGUCGACAAGCGCGUGACUUGAGGCUGAAAGGCGAGACGGAAGGGCGUAGGUGGCAGGCUGGAUGGGCGGACGUAGAAGGUGACUAUGACGAAGACGACGAAUGAUUCAUUUUUGGCAUUAUCAGCGACUGGAGCGAGCAAUAUACCUCGGCGUUAUCAUUCAUGCAUAUAUUUUAGUUCAGCAUGGCAUUAGGAUUGCAUUGCAUAAGUACAAAGCGGGCAAGCAUGGGCUAUUGAGCUCCUUUAUAUCAAUACAUUAUUCA